AUGUCAAACUUUCCCGUCUAUAGGGCGCGAUCAUCAAUUUGCUUACCGCGAUCGCGCUCUAUUGAUCGCCUCGGUGAUGUGGCCACUCUUUCAAGAGUGAGCUCGGUUCCCAAUUUGGACUCGUAUCAUGUGAGCGAUGCGUAUCGGUCAUCAACUCUCUACAAAUAUCGUCGUGAUUGGGAUCUUUUAGACGAUUACUGGUAUGAUAGAAUGUACUUCAAUGCGCCGCUCUAUUGGCCCGACUAUAGGUUCACAGCGAGACGUUACAUCAACACAGACCCGAUACCACAAAGUGCUGGAUUUUAUUAUCCGGCAUUCUGGUCACGCUACAAAUGGUAUACGGAUUGGUUGAAUCCGGUCUAUUGGAGACGAUAUCGUGACCCGAAUUACGAUCGUCCUCUUUGGAACAAUUGGCAGCCAUGGCAUCUGGAUCGUGUGAAUGUCAAACGUGCUAUACAAAUGUAUAGAGAAGGAUUGGUUGACUUCAAAACGUUGGACAAGUACUGGAUUGAGCCGUCAGCGUUGGCAAGAAAGGGAAAGGAUUGGCAAGAUAUUUACCCUCCAGCAGGUUCGUCGCUACGGUGCUCGCAGAUAUUUUUAUUCAUUUUCCUAAUCAUUGAAUUGUCAAGCUCAUAUGAGCUACGAUCCAACCGAUGAAUAUGAUGACAAUGGCACAAAAUGAACGCAACGAACUGAUUUGUGUUAAUCUUAAGAAUAAAUAAUCAAUCACUGCAAGCUGCUACUGCCUUAAACGAAUAUUAUCGUUAUUAUUUUCAUCGCUGAUAUUACAAAAUGAUCAUAUUUAAUAUGCUUUUUCUUCCUUCAUU